GCACUGUGUUAGUGGGGGAACAGGAAGUUCCGGGCGGGCGCGCGCGCACCAGUCUUCAGUUUAAAGAAAGCGCCAGAACUGUGCAGUCAAGAAGAUAACCUUUGUGUCCGUUUCAAUUUAUCACUACAGGCUCCGGUAUUUCCACGACACUCUCCUUCCAUACUGAGUCCAAACCUACAGUCACUGGGUCCUGAUUGUGAAAGUGGAGCCCAGUUUGCACUGCAGGAUCCAGAGAUGGCAUCAGUGAAGCUGGAAGACUGCAGUCAAACACUGGAGCUGAAUGUCAACAUUAAAGAUGAAGAAGAGGAGGAGGAGAUUGGGAAAUCUGUUAGUCAUGGUAUGACGCCGGUAACAUCAACAGUGACGACAAACCCAGCCUGCCUCUCUCCUUCCACACUGACUCCAAACCUACAGUCACUGGGUCCUGAUUGUGACAGUGGAGCCCAGUUUGCUCUGCAGGAUCCAGAGAUGGCAUCAGUGAAGCUGGAAGACUGCAGUCAAGCACUGGAGCUGAAUGUCAACAUUAAAGAUGAAGAAGAGGAGGAGAAGAUUGGGGAAUCUGUUUCUCAUGGACUAGAAUUAAGUCUGAGGCCAGUAACAUCAACAGUAAUGACAAACCCAGCCUGCCUCUCUCCUUCCACACUGAGUGCAAACCCACAGUCACUGGGUCCUGAUUGUGACAGUGGGGCCCAGUUUGCUCUGCAGGAUCCAGAGAUGGCAUCAGUGAAGCUGGAAGACUACAGUCAAACACUGGAGCUGAAUGUCAACAUUAAAGAUGAAGAAGAGGAGGAGAAGAUUGGGAAAUCUGUUAAUCAUGGAGACCAUGUUGAGACAUUCUCUACAUCCAGAGAGCAUCAGCAGGAAGAUCACAUAGCAAAGAGGUCUCACCACUGCACACAUUGUGAGGAGAUUUUCCCAUUUCUAUCAAAGCUAAAAAUACACCUAAAAAUACAUACAAGAGAAAAGCUUUACUCCUGCUCUGACUGUGGAUCGAGUUUUUCUCGACUGGGCCACCUAAAAAGACAUGAGCGUUUACACACUGGAGAGAAGCCUUACUCCUGCUCUGACUGUGGAUCGAGUUUUUCUCGACUGGGUACCUUAAAACAACAUGAACGUAUACACAAAGGAGAGAAGCCUUACUCCUGCUCUGACUGUGGGGCGAGUUUCUCUCGACUGGGUACCUUAAAACAACAUGAACGUAUACACACAGGAGAGAAGCCUUACUCCUGCUCUUACUGUGGAAAGAGUUUCUCUCGACCGUGCACCUUACAGAAACAUGAACGUAUACACACGGGAGAGAAGCCUUACUCCUGCUAUGACUGUGGGGCGAGUUUCUCUCGUCCGGACACCUUAAAAUUACAUGAUUGUAUACACACAGGAGAGAAGCCUUACUCCUGCUCUGACUGUGGAAAGCGUUUCCGUCAACUGGGUGCCUUAAAACAUCAUGAACGUAUACACACAGGAGAGAAGCCUUACUCCUGCUCUGACUGUGGAAAGCGUUUCCGUCAACUGGGUACCUUAAAACAACAUGAACGCAUACACACAGGAUAGAAGCCUUACUCCUGCUCUGACUUUGAAAAGAGUUUAUCUUAGGAGUAAGAGAAGCCUUACUCCUUUUCUGAAUGUGGGGCAAGUUUCUCUUGUCCGGACACCUUAAAAUGACCUGAACAUAUACACACACUGGAGAGAAGCCUUACUCCUGCUCCGACUGUGGAAAGUGUUUCUCUUGAAUGUGCCAUUUAAAAAGACACCAAAGGAAAGGAGGAGGGAGCCUUACACUGAUCUGACUGUAGGAAAUGUUAAAACACCAGCUGAGCUUAAAGGUCAUUAGAGAAAAGACAAAGGAGAGAAGCCUUAUAUCCGCUCUCAAUGUGGCAAGAGUUUUUCCCAAUUGGUCAAUGUAAAAACACACCAAUGGAUACACACUUCAGAGAAGCCUUAUCACUGCACUGACUGUGGGAAGAGGUUCUACAGAUUGGGUCAUUUAAAAAGACACAAAUGUAUGCAUAAAGGACAGGCCUCAUCAGUUCUCUCAGACCAGCUAAGAUUAGACACUCCACUUAAUUCUCAUGUCAUUAAAUAAUUGGUUAUACUUGUUUAUAUGCUUAUAUAUCGGACAUGUGUGUUUUCAAAGUUCAGCGACACAAGUCUGUAAAUCAAAACCAAAUAUACAGGGUGUUGCAUGCUGUGAUCGUUGAGAAAACUGGGACAUGUAUCCUGCAAAGAAUCCUGAAUUGUCUGUAUAGGUAAUACUUGAUGCAUGAAUAAAAUAAAAAUUCUAUAAUGAAAA